CUGUCACGAUCAACUUACGACAGAUGGAAUAUUCUUGCGUAAUGUGGAAACGCGGUAUGGCGCAUCGAUCUGCGAAGAUGCAUGCAGUGGGGGCAUUAAGUAUAUUGGCAGCCUUACUAGUCAUUGUCAAGCUGGUUAACGUCUCCCAAAAGCCCGAGGUGAAGUUAGGAAUCCUUAGAGAAAGAAGAUUUGAAGUAUCUGACUGCAUCCUCCCCGGAAUCUGUCGUGUCGUGACACCAAAUGAAACAGAGUAUUACCUCUACAGCAGACAACAAACAUUCAACCAAAAUCUAAGUAUGCCGGUUCAGUAUGGUAGGUCGAUUGCGCAUGACCAUAACGUUGUGCCUAAUAUAGUUCACGUGACAUGGUAUGGCGGUGCAAAGAGGAACACAUUCUUAUUCCAUCAUUUCGUGUGCCUCCAAUCCAUCCAUAGGUUUGUAAAACCCAAGUACAUUCUCUUCUGGUUUGACCGGAGACCGGAGGGAGGAUACUGGGACCAGGCCGCAGAGCGCUUCCCGGAGAUAGUGUUGGUGUACAAGGCUCCCCCAACCACCAUCAUGGGGCAGCCCGUUAAGGUCCCCGAACACCAGUCAGACAUCGUCCGACUCGAGGCACUGAUGGAAUACGGCGGCAUCUAUAUGGACCUCGACGUCAUCGUCCUCAAGUCGCUGUCACCACUUCAGUCGUACGACAUGACGAUGGGAUACGAGACACCCGAUGGACUCUGUAACGGUGUCAUGGUGGCGAGGCCGUGGGCAGACUUCCUUAAGAUCUGGUACAAGGACUACAAGACGCUAGAUGAUAGUGUCUGGGGCUAUCACUCUGUCCUCCUUCCUGCAAAACUUGCCCUGAAGUACCCUAACCUCAUCAACACAGAAUUCAGAUCCAUGAACCACCCAAAUCCAGGAGAAAGCUUUGCACUCCUGUACGGAAACAAGUCAUUUGAUUGGCAGACUACGAACUAUGUUGUCCAUACUUGGAUUCGAACCCAGUUAAUUGCAAAGAAACUGACAGCACAGUCAAUAAGAAAUUGGGACUGUGUGGCUGGUGAGAUAUUCAGGUAUAUAUACUAUGGUGACAAAGCUCUCAUACCACCCCAUUAGUAGACUGUAUCGCAGCAGAGCUCUCACGUCACCCCUUCAGAAUACUGUAUCAUCGCAGAGCUCUCAAGUCACCCUUCAGAAGACUGUAUCAUCACAGAGCUCUCAAGUCACCCUUCAGAAGACUGUAUCAUCGCAGAGCAUUAUUUCAUGAAGCGUGGGACAUAAAACAGCCUUGUUUCACACCAUUUAUCACGAUAACCAUCAACUCUAGACCCGUGAAGAUCCGGGAUAGAAUAGGUCUUCAGCUCUGAGGCGUAAGAGGCGACUAACGGGAUCGGGUGGUCAGGGUCGCUGACUUGGUUGAUGAUGCAUGUCAUCGUAUCCCAAUUCCG